GAGGAUAUCGGGAAGGACGACCGGAUAUAUAGCGCCUGACCCACAAUGCAUUGCACACACGACCGUGGAUACGUAACCAGACAACAACGCUGCACAAAAAGUUGGUGCUAUGCGUUGACACUUCCCCGGUGCCUCGCAGCGCGUUUCGGUCCACUAUCUGAAUUCAGCCGUUCACUCAAACAGAAGGCAUGAGCGCGCUUCGCAAGGUGGUGAGCUACGCGUGGUGCGCGCUGGCAGUGGGCGGCGGGCUGGGUCUGUGGUACAUCGUGGUACCGUCCGAGGAGCGCAAGAAGGAGAUGGUGAAGAACCUCCCGGAGGCGAACCCGCUGCGGGCGGAGGAGACGCGCCGGCGGAACGCGCUGAUGAUGCAGGUCCUGAAGGAGGCCGCCGAGACCGACGCCAACCUGGCCCGGGGCAUCGGGAGGUGAGAGGACCGGGGAGCCCAAGGUCCACCUGCCCCCCGGACCUGCUGGGACCCCCAGAGCCACCUGGACCCCCUGGGCUGGGCUGAGCAGGGCGGGGGCCCUGGUGGUCCUUCACCCCACAUCGUCUCAUCCUGUUGGUGCUCUGCUUGAAGCUAAUCAGAGCUCCAAGAGUCUUGAUGCUGGUCAGAGGGUUGACCCUGGAUUAAACUGGUUUAAACUGGACUGAACCCCUCUCUAGGUGUUCUAGAGGGUUUAAACUGGUUUAAACUGGACUGAACCCCUCUCUAGGUGGCUGUGUUCCUCUGAUGUGAGGACGUAUGAUAAUAUAGCAUAAGAACCAUAACCAUAGCAACCGGCACUGUGAGGAAUAUUUCAACAUGUUUGUGUGUUUUGGUUCAGUUUUAUAUAUGUCAUUAAAAGAACAUCUGUCAACUCCA